AUGUCCUCAGAGAUUAGCCCGGACGUCAUCAUCGACGGUUUCAUCGCUGGAAUACGUCCAAGCUUCGACGCCAUCCUAUCAGCCACCGCAUUCUCUGCCUGCCUAUUGACCCUCCUCGUAGUCCUUUUUGCAUUCUCCACCAAAGAGUCUCGCCAGCGCUUGGUAUUUCGACUGAAUGUAUUGGCCAUCUGUGCCGCCUUGACGCUAGGCGUAUUAACUGGUCUGGUUGGUGGAACGGCAAUAGUCAACCCAUUCAAUCCGGUAUCGAAAGGUGUCUACGUUGCUUCAAUCGUCUUCGCCAUCUUCCCACCGGUACUGUACGAUUCGAUACUGUUAACUCGGCUCUUUGCACUGUAUCCCGUCUCCAACACACCUCGUACCACUCUGUUGAAGAUAUUCACAUUCCCCUUCUGCGUCAAAUGUGCUCGAGUGAUCGUUCUCUCCAUUGGUAUCAACGACUAUGUUAGCUCUCAGCCGAGCACUUUGGCUCUCGAGCAGGAUGAGGCCACUGCAUGGUUCCGUAACCCCAAAAUGACUGCUGAGUGGGCGAUGCAAAUUGCAGACAACUUGUACUCAGUCACCAUCUUUCUUUACAACCUUCGCGUCCGCACAUCGUCGGUUAAAAGAGUGGGUGGGUUAGCAGAGCGUAUCCGACAAAUCUUCUACAUCUCUGUGGCCAAUUUCGUCUUCCCCCUUAUCUUCAACAUUGCACAAAUCAGCUAUAUCACGACUGAUCGGAAUCCCACUACCGGGGUGCUACUGCUCAUGAUCAACAACUAUGUAACCGUCAUUGGUGUGUUGUGCGCGACACUAUGGUUCUCCGGAUCGGAGUGGGUUCGGACCCGUAAUGAACCAUUUUCUGACCAUAUGGCCAUCCCGCCCAAGCUGAACUCAGGAGGGGAUCGCGUCACUGGGGGGAAGAGUGGGAGCGGAGUUGUGGUGAUAGGGAAAGGUUCUGUCACACUUGGCUCGACGAACUCGGGCACCGAGCUGGCGGACAGAAUCAACACCCCGGACAAAGAGAAUAAGUAUAUGUUGGUGUAA